UACAAGGUUAUAAAUGACAACAAAAAUGUACUAAACAUCUAAAUUUAUUAAUAAAUUGUUAAAUUCAAUAAUCCGUGACAAUUGCAAACGUUUAUCAACGGGUCAAACCCAUUGGACGUCCGUUGCUGACUCAUAAGGAUACAUUCCAGUAAAAAUGACCACAAUGACGAUGGUUUACAAUAACAUUUAAUAAUUAAUAUUUGUGAACGUAUGUCGUGUGAUGUUGAAAAUGAAUCAAAGUGAUCUUGUGAAUGUUUUAAAACGUAAUUUAUCUGUUUUGAAUUAUAAUGGUACUGUUAAGGAGUUGGGUGAGGUGAAGCUGUUUACGAACUAUCCGGAUGGCUUGCUUACCUUCGCAGCUGCUUGUUGUACUCUCUUCAUGUGCAUUGGUAUUCCUGGCAACUUGAUAACUAUCAUCGCCCUCGCUAAAUAUGAAAAAGUUCGCAACGCAACCGCGAUAUCUAUAAUGAAUCUUUCCUGCUCUGAUCUUCUAUUCUGCUGCUUCAAUCUUCCACUCGCCGCAUCAACAUUCUGGCAGCGGUCAUGGAAGCAUGGCCGCGUCCUCUGCCGGAUGUUUCCUUACGCGCGCUACUCUCUUGUUGCUGUUUCACUCUUCACUGUCCUCACGAUCACUAUCAACAGAUAUGUCAUGAUCUCGCAUCCAAACAUCUAUCCUAAGUUAUACAGACGUCGAUAUCUAGUGCUGAUGUUGUUAUGCACUUGGAUUUUCCCUUUCGGUGCAUUGAUACCUACGUGGUUUGGUAAAUGGGGUAGUUUCGGACUCGACACAUACGCCGGCUCUUGCAGCAUACUACCGGACGAUCAUGGCCAUUCUCCAAAGAGGAUCUUAUUUGUUGUACUCUCUCUACCUCUGGUAGCAAUAAUCUUUUGUUACCUAAGAGUAUUUCAUAUUGUCAGAAAAACAACACUGGCAGCAGGCGGUCCAGUUAUGCGUAAAACAAUAAAAUUAGGCCAAGAAGAUUCAUCCAGUUCAAGUGAACGACGAUCUAAAUCUAUUCCAUGUCACUACAUCGAUGUGACAAAAGACAACUCUUCAGCAUCAAUGCAUAGUUUAAACAACACACCAGCUGAUUCCUUACAAAAUGUCAGAUUUGAAUUGAAUGAAAAAAAUGAUAGUGAUAUUAUAAAUGUCCCACGAAUUUCAAAUAAAACCGCUGCAAGUUUCCGCAGAACUGUUCUAAGGAAAUCAUUAGCACUGGUGAAGCUAUCGCUACCGACAAGAAAGGACAAGAAGUUGGGUACAAUGAUAAUGGCGAUUAUGAUUUCCUUUUGCAUGACUCAUCUUCCGAUAACGGUAACGAAGUUGGUUCAUGAUUACACAGCUCACCCGUAUGCGAACAUCGCCAGUUAUAUUCUAUUGUAUAUGGCGACUUGCAUCAACCCUGUUAUAUAUGUCGUCAUGUCAAAUGAGUACAGACAAGCUUAUAAAAAUUUGUGGAAGUGUCGAUGACACAAAUUCUAGUGAACAAACCGUUCUAACUAGUUGUCUUAUCGUAUAUCAAUUUCGAUUUUUGUCUCAUUAUUGAAAGUACGAAACGAAAAAAAAUUAUAGAAGAUUUUUAAUUCCAUAUUGGUCUAUUUAUAUCUUCUUUUUAUUUAUCGAUGUUUGUUUUAACCGCUUGAUUUAUAGGGUUACAAAUUCAAAGAUAGAAAUAAGAUUGUACAAAACAUUCCUUGGAGUAAAAUAUUUUUUCAUCUAUGAAAAGCAUCACAUUUUUAUAAAACUAAACUAAAAGUGAUUUUAAUCGCUACGUAUGUUGUGGAUAAUUUGUAUAUACGUUUUAAAUAAGAUAAUAUUAAUGUACUUAUGUCAAGAUAAGAAGCAUGUUAAUGAUGACAUAAUUAUUAUUUUCAAAACUGUGAAUUAAAUUCUUAAACCAUAAUAAACCUUGACACCAAGUUAUCCCGCUUCUUUUUGAGAAGGAAAGGGAAGGCAAUAGAUAUGCUUUUUUACUGCGCAGAAGCUUUGCCGAUAGCCUUAUGACGUCACGAGUUAACGGUAAGCAAACGCGGAACGCAGUCGGUAUUAAAGGCAAGGAAAUUUAUCGGCAAACCUUGUGCGCACGAGUGAUUUUCAUUACGAUUUUACAUAAUGUUAGAUAAUUAGUAUUAAGUAAUUGUAAAUACGUUGUCAUGUCGAUUUGUGCAAUAAAAUAAAAUAACAUGUAGUAUGAGAUACUCGUAAGAUAAUUGUCAACAAUAUUUAGUUAAUAUACUGUUAUUAUUUAAUCCUGAACGUGGGUCUGAUAGAUUUAUUUUGUAUUUUAAGAAAAAAAUAAUUUAAUGUUAUAAAAAUAAUCAAAGAGAAAAACCACCUUUUAGAUAUGAAUUUGAAAUGUUAAAUUUUGUAUGGUAGAAAUAAGUAAAAUAUUCCGCAAGUUACUCAAAAUAAUGAUAUUAUAUACCUUUCUCGGUUUGUAUUCAUAUAAUGUAAAUAAUGUUUCUAAAUAAACGAACAACGCUGUUGUUACAAAGAAAUGUAUGAACCAAAAUGGUACCAAAGACCAAGAAAUUCAGGGGCCAUAACCCCAAGUCAUUGAAAUUACCAAAGAUGUAUCUAAACUAAAUAAAAUAACAAUACGUUGA